AUGGAGGAUGACGUAAAUUACGUUUCUGUGGUUUUCAAGAACAGACCUUCGCCCCAAACAGAAAGUAAAGAAGAACAAACCAUUUACUCCGAGGUGAAGAUCAAACCAGCGUCUGCAGCCGCCGCAGCAGACGACACAGUGGGACCUCCUCCACAGACCACCUCAGCCCCCUCCUCCUCUCUCCGCUGUCUUCAGGCCGCUCUGAUCGGUUCUCUGUGUGUGAUCCUGGUCAGCACCGUGGCCCUCGUCUACUUGUCGGUGUGGGGGUCCGGUCAGCGUGUGCAGGUGCAGAAUCUGUCCUCAGAGAUGUCCCGGCUGCAGGAAGACAGUGCGAGGCUCAUGGGGUUAAAGGCAGAGCUCCAGAAUCAAAGCCACAUCCUGAAACGAGACAUGGAAACACUCAACUGGACGCUGCAGGUCAUCCUGAGUUUCAGAGAGUUCCCCGUCAGCGUUUUCUGCCCAGACAAACAGUGCAGCCCGUGUCUGAAUGGAUGGAAACUCUUUGAAAACAGCUGUUAUCUGUUUUAUGAGAUCGACAUUUUUAAAACCUGGGAGAAGAGCCAGGCGUUCUGCAGAGACAGGAGCUCCAUCUCUGAGCUGGUGAUAGUGGACUCUCUACAGGAGCAGGAGUUCCUUCAUAAGCAUAUCCAGUUUUACUACGAUAAGUUCCAUGGGUACUGGAUGGGUCUGUCCCAGCAGAAGAACCUGAGCUGGGUCUGGGAGGACGGCCGCCAGGACACUCUGGGGUUCUGGAUGAAGAUGGACUUUGGAAAGUAUGGACCCCGAGGUCUGCUGAUCCCACAGCAGAACGUGACUGAGAGCUGGGAUCCUGCAGAGGGCCAAAUGCUGAACAAAUUCAUCUGUGAAAGCAAAGCCCUCAUGAUAAACUAA